CUCGUCUCAACCAUGGGUGUCUUCUCGAAAAUUAUUGCGCUGGGCGCCUUUUCCACCCUGGUUGCGGCUUGGUUGCCUAAAACAAACAAGGAAAUCACCGCCAGCGAUGGCACGAAUCUGUUCACGACAUCCAAUGGCAAGAUCCGCGGUGUCAACCUGGGAUCUCAAUUCAUAUUCGAGCCAUGGAUUGGGCAGAACGCUUGGAAUGAUAUGGGCUGUGGUGGUCAAGCUUCAGAAUUUGACUGCGUGAGCUCGCUCGGCCAGGACGCUGCCAACAGCGCUUUCCAGAAGCACUGGGGCAGCUGGAUCACCCAAGAAGAUAUCACCGAGAUGGUCAGCUAUGGUCUUAACACCAUCCGUGUACCUGUUGGGUAUUGGCUUCGUGAAGACUUGGUCUACACGGACAGCGAGCACUUUCCUCAAGGUGGCCUCGACUACGUCAAGAAGCUUUGUGGUUGGGCGAGUGAUGCCGGCAUGUACAUCAUCAUGGACCUGCACGGUGCGCCGGGUGCUCAGACUCCUAAGAACGCGUUCACUGGUCAAUCAGCACCCGAGGCUGAGUUCUACGUCGACUACCAGUACGAACGUGCUCUCAAGUUCCUCGAGUGGAUGACCGGUCUUAUUCAUACUGUCAAUGAGUUCCGGAACGUUGGUAUGCUCGAGGUCGUCAAUGAGCCAGUUCAGGAUAACGACAAGGCCUCCUCCAUGCGUCAGAACUACUACCCGAAGGCUUUUGAACGCAUCCGCGCUAACGAAACCAGCGCCGGUAUCGACAAGAACGACUAUCUCCAUAUUCAAAUGAUGAAUAAGCUUUGGGGCUCUGGGGAUCCAAAUCAAUACCUCGAUGACCUGUACUAUGCCGCCUAUGACGACCACCGAUACCUCAAAUGGGACACCAGCGUCGAUGUCUCUCACGAUAGCUACAUCAGUGAAUCUUGCAACGAUAAUCGCGACAGCAAUACCCCCACCAUCGUUGGCGAAUGGAGUUUGUCUGUCCCUGAUGAUGUGCAAUCGUCAUCAGAAUGGGACCCCAGCUCGAACACAGAUUUUUACAAGAAGUGGUUUGCUGCGCAGGUGCAUUCUUAUGAGAAGCAACAAGGCUGGGUGUUUUGGACUUGGAAGGCUCAGCUGAAUGAUUACCGCUGGUCUUAUCAAGAUGCUGUCAAGAGCGGUGUUAUCCCCAAGGAUCUGAAAUCGCUGGAGAGUGUCUGCUAAACGAGGUACCGUGUCAGAAUACUCGACUCGUCGAGAUGUAGAC